UGUCAAUCGAGCCACAUAUACCACUACGGACGGACCUAGCGAAGAUCAGACUGAAACCGGGGUGACCCAACUGGAGGAAUUGAAUCCCAGUCAAUCCUAACCCGCUCCGAUGCAGACGCUGCAUCGGAGCAACCUCCGCCCAGGAUCUUCUGAAAAUCCCCUCAACCGUUGGACGCUGGUGAAACCUCUGUAUAUAAUAGCAUAUUGAACGCAAUUCGCACAUGCCAAUUGCAAAACGAGGACCUCUUUGCCACUCGAUUACUCGCCCGUAGCACAAAAUGUCUGUCGAUAUCUCGAUCUCAGACUAUCUUAGCAUCCGCAAUGUUGCCUUUGAAUGGGCAGAGAGCUACGACACUAAGGACUGGGGCCGUCUGAAAGAAUGCCUUGCACCCUCGGUCCGGCUAGACUUUCGCAGUCUCCGUGGAGCAUACCAUGAGAACCUAAACCCGGAAGAAUACUCGAAAAUCCUCAUUGGCAUGAUCGGAGACAAGCGAUUGAAGACGCAGCAUUUCCUUGGCGCGGGACAAUGGGAGCUCCAGAAGGACGGUCUUGUCCGCGUCGCGUGGCAGAUCCGAGCAGCCCAUCAGCGAUAUGCCGAUGAGACUCUCGCAGAGGUGAUCAACCAUGGGCAUGGCCACGGUGUCACUACUCAUUGGUACCAGAAGAUUGACGGGGUUUGGAAGCUGGAGGGCGUCGCUCCUAGACUUGACUUUGCCGAGUAUGACAUAUUCGGCACUCUUGCUCCGCCUGAAGCAGCAAAUUAAGAGGUCAAAUAAAACACAUCGUCACUUCAAUAUAUGCCAUUGAUGCGAGA